UCCAGUUUCUCUGUUUACUGUGCAAAUACAAAUAUGAGUAAUGGAGAGCACUGUAAAAUAUGGCAUACUUAGCAUACUGAUAGGUAUUAGGCCUACACAGAUCAACACAUGGUUCACUUGAGGGUGCUGUUAAAAUAGGUCCAAAUAUCAUCAUCUGGAUCAACUUAAACCAUUGUUUACCACCUGGGAAUUCUUGCAACUUUAUUGCAACUUUCUUAAGACACAUUAAACGGAGGUUUUAACAUGAGCCAUUUGCUUCACUGUAUGGCAACAGCCGUACAUUAAUUUGGACCCUGAUAUUUGGUGAGCUACUCUCCAGUUGAAAAAUGCCCAAUUUCUUAUGGACGCUAUCUGUGAUGUUACUCUCUGAACUGGCCUUACUUGAGAACACUAGUUUAGACUGUAUCUGUGACGCAAUUUCUUUGGUAGGAAAUCUGUUGAGGUCAAUGUUUCCAUGUGUUGCAUUGUCAAUAUGUAGGUAGCCUAAAGGCUUCCUGUUCUUUAAAGAUAAAUGUAUACUGUAUACGAUAAUGUGGGCCUAUUGAUAUAUUCAUGUAAUAUUGUGGCAUUUUUUCCUUACAUGUGUAAUUUAUUGAUUUGCAGGAUCAUUAAAGCCUUCCAAAUUGAGGAUAUUUACUAUUAUUUUUGUUGUUGUUGAACAGCGAUGAGGGCGCCUCUGAAUGUUUUUAUCAUUAGUUCUUCGCACACAUGAGCACAAUGCGAACUCAACGCGCCACCUAUUGGUCCUUUCCGGAACAACACCACGAGACGAGAAAUAGCCUGUCAAAUAGAUGAGCCCUAGACACAGCAAGCGCUCGACAGGAGAGCAUCUCCCUCACGGAGUCGGCUCUCGGUUAAUGCACGAUGGUAGGGAAGAGCGGCCCGCCUUCCCCGAUGGCUGAGUGAGUGAGGAUGCGACUCCCCAGCUCCAUAUUUGUUUCGGUGUCUCUGUUCACGGCUGAGACCACGGCAGCCCUCUACCUCAGCUCCACAUACCGCUCCGACGGCGACCAGAUCUGGCAAGGGCUCACCCUCCUCUUCACCCUAGUAACGUCGGUGCUCGUGCAGCUGACGCUCACCUUCAUUCACCGGGACCUUAGCAGGGACCGACCGCUUGUUCUUCUGCUUCACAUCCUGCAGCUCGGACCCAUCGUGAGGUGUCUGGAGGCGUUCUGUAUCUACGGCAGUGUGGGCCGGGUAGAGGAGCCGUAUGUCAGCAUCACGCGGAAGCGCCAGAUGCCCAGGGGGGGCCAGUCUGAGGAGGUGGAGAGACAGGUGGGGCAGGCAGAAGGCAAGCUGUUCACCCACCGUGCCGCCUUCGCCCGCACCUCUGUCAUCCAGGCCUUCCUGGGCUCCGCCCCCCAGCUCACCCUGCAGCUCUACAUUUGUGUCCUGCAACAGGGGGUAUCCAUCGGCAGAGGCACCCUCAUGGUGAUCUCCCUGCUGUCCAUCGUAUAUGGUGCCCUGCGUUGCAACAUUCUGGCCAUCAAGAUCAAGUAUGACGAUUAUGAGGUGGAUGUGCGUCCCGCCGCCUACCUCUGCAUAUUCCUGUGGCGCAGCUUCGAGAUCGCCACGCGUGUCACCGUCCUGGUCCUCUUCAGCUCCGUACUGCAGCUCUGGAUCCUCCCUGUGGUUCUGCUCAACUUCUUCCUCUUCUUCCUCUACCCGUGGGUGCUGUUUUGGCAGAGCCACUCGCCCUUCCCGGAGAACAUCGAGAAGACGCUAACCCGGGUGGGCACCACCAUCGUCCUCUGUCUCCUCACGUUUCUCUACGCAGGCAUCAACAUGUUCUGCUGGUCGGCCGUGCAGCUGAAGCUCAACGACCCAGACCUGAUCAACAAGUCCCAGAACUGGUACCGCAUGGCCGUGUACUACAUGCUGAGGUUCGUGGAGAACGCCUCUCUGCUUUUGCUGUGGUACAUCUACAAGACAGACUUCUAUAGGUUCAUCUGUGCUCCGUUGUUAGUGCUGCAGCUGCUGGUGGCCUACGCUAUGGCCAUCUUCUUCAUGCUGGUGUUCUAUCAGUUCUGCCACCCCUGUAGGAAGCUCUUCUCCUCCAAUAUGACCCAAGGCCUGUGGGACUGCUCCGCCCUGCUCUGUUUAGUCUGCUACGCUCCUGACAGGGACGCCGUCAGGCCAAUAGAGAAGGCUGGUCUGGACCCUCUGGCCCCCGACCCCACCCCCCACACGGAGACAGCCAAUGACACGUCAUAUGAUGUGGCCAAUGACACGGCAUACACCAUGCCCAAUGACACAAUGACCUAUGACAUGCCCAAUGACACGACUCAUGAAGUGUUGAGCGAGAUGAACGGCGACGUAAGCCACAGUCUGUCCAGCAACACUUAAAGAGCUGUGAUUGGUUGUGUGUAGGGUAGGGCUGCACGAUAUGGGCAAAAACUCGAAUUGUGAUUUUUGGACCAAAUAUUGUGAUUGUGAUUUGACUUGCGAUAUAGAUACAAAACCUUUGGCUGAACUGUUGGAAUGGUUGAAAUAGAAUGACUUAUAUUAAGAAACAAAGUGGAAAGUAGCGUUGGCCUUGUUUGGAACAGUUGACUGCAUUUGAACAGAACAGCAUGCAAAUGUAUAGUGGGAAGCAGUCGCAAUAGUAGAGGGAGAGAGAUGACAAACAGAGGCAACUAUAAAAACGGACAAUACACACAGCUUAGUGCCGUUUCAAAAUAUUGCAUGCGAUAUGGAUCUCUUGCGAUAUGGCUUUUGCAAAUGUCAAUAUUGUGAUUUGAUGUGAAUUCUAUUAAUUCUGCAGCCCUAGUAUAGGGUCAGGAGUGUUCCUAAACUUGUGACUGAACCAGGAAGAGGCUUUCCUGUUCAGGUCAUGUGGUCUGGAAAUACUCCUGGUCCUAGUUAUGUGCCAUUCAGAGGAAGGUGGACACAGAGCAACAUUUGCUGUACUGUCUCCUUCUGUAAGUGCCAUAUGAACCCCUCUGUCCUACCUGUCAGUUUACACUGAACUAGGGUUGCAAAAUUCUGGGAACUUUUUAAAAAAUUCCCUGGUUUGCCAGGAAUUCUGGUUGGAGGAUUCCCCUAUUUCCGGUUUAUUCCCUCGUAAUUCCAGGAAUCUUCCAACCAGGAUUUCUGGAAAACCAGGGAAUUUUGGGAAAGUUACUUGAAUAUUGCAACUCUACUCUGAGCCGUAAUCUGAACCAUACUGUGAACCAUACUCUGAACCAUAAUCUGAACCAUAAUCUGAACCAUACUCUUAACCAUACACUGAACCAUACACUGAACCAUACACUUAACCAUAAUCUGAACCAUAAUCUGAACAAUACACUGAACCAGACACUGAACCAUACUCUGAACCAUAGCCAUAAUCUGAACCGUAAUCUGAACCAUAAUCUGAACAAUACUCUGAACCCUAUGAUCUUAACCCCAUACCCAUAACCUUAUUCUACUGUGUGUCUCUAACCAAAUCAUUUGAAUGCUAUCAUUCUGUUUAACCCUUAACCCCCGUUCUGUUACCAAACCCCAAAACUGUAACCCCUUACUCCCCUAACCAAUGCUGCAAAGGCAGUAUCCCCUUGCCAUGGAGAGAGACUACAGCUUCACUGUCAGUGUAUAAUGGAAGAACAGGCAAUGUAUGAUAUCAUCCACCAGCCGGCUCUCUCUGAAUUUAGCCAGGGGAUGAGGUUCGGCAAUGUACAGUGAUGCUGACAAAGUAGUUAUUGUGAGAAUGUCCUUACGCAGUCCGUGAUGUUUAUUCUACCUAAGCCAGUAUUACCGACCAACUACAGACAAAUCAUUGGAUGUAGGGAUUCUUCAGCAACGGACUCAACUACUGACAUAGUAUCAGUGUUUCAGUGUUGAACAGACUUUCCUACAACCAGAAUGUAACUUGUCUGCAGCCUUUUCUAUGGAAGUCAAGUCCUGGCGGUAUGGACAGAACGCUACACUCAGACAGAUUAAACUGGUCCAAAGUGAGUCUGCCACAAUAGCUUUUCUAAUGAGGUUUCCUAAUUUGGUUAUGCAUUUCAUAGAACUAAAUACUUGUCUAUACAGUCACUCACAUUAAUCAAUCAAUCAAAUGUAUUUAUAAUGCCCUUUUUACAUCAGCAGAUAUACAGAAACCCAGCCUAAACCCCCAAACAGCAAGCUAUGCAGAUGUAGAAGCACGGUGGCGAGGGAAAAACUCCCUAAAAAAGCAGGAACCUAGAAGAAACCUAGAGAGGAACCAGGCUCUGAGGGGUGGCCAGUCCUCUUCCAAUGGACUUAUACAUUGCAUUACUACAUUACUCAUCAGAAUUGACCAAGUAUUUGGGAUUUAGUGUAUUUACAGUGUUUCACAUUGGCAUGGGGGUGUGCAUGUACUGAACUGGACCCAUCACCCACCAGCACCACAUACACAUUUGAAAGCUUUGUGUGGUGUAAUGUAAAUAUUGGGUUGGGUUUACUGUUUUUUCCUUCGUACACUCUACUCUUACGGCUGCGACCAACACUGCUUUUAUACUUCCUUGAAAAAGAGCUUAAUCAUUGAUGUGCUGCUUCUGUGGUGUUUCUAAGUGCUUGUGACAAGGGUGACAGUGAUUUCUAAGCCAGCACUAGAGUACAUGUAAAGAGACCCAUCUCUCAUCAAACAGACAGGAAACACAUAACUGUAUUUCAGACAGGAAACACCAAGUGUUUGUUUAACCAUUUAUUAUAAAAGAUUUCAAUACAAGCAAUACGUUAGUCUUGGCAUUAGAGGCUCUGCUCCUUCGGGGGCUCACUGCCAGAGCAUGCAUAAUGUUAAGAUAAUAAUAAUUACAGGCAGAGAGAAAGGUAUUCUGUACCAUUCCCCCUGCAGGAAGGGAACAGAACCAAGCAGAUGGACACGGGUGGGAAAGCAGAACACAGACAUGCAUGGCGAGUAAAGCAUGUCAUAGCAAUAGCAUGUCAGCAGGAACACCAGUGCAUAGUUUGUGUGCGGCAGCCAUCAGAGAAAGUGUGUGUAGAGCCUGGUGGACUAAAUAGACUGCCAUAUUAAUGUAGAGAGAUUAAUCUAAUGGGUGCAAUAUCAGCUAUGGUUGCGCUUGGUGUACUGAACCCACCACAUGACCACGGUCACCGACGCACUAUCUGGGCGCCUUCGAGCGGAUCACAUUUGUCAAGUUGGUGACCAUCAUCAAAGUGUGUUGCAUUAUAGAGACAAAAAUUGUCCGACUUGCAUGAACUUUACAACAACCAUGUGAUCAAAGGUCGACUGCUUGAACUUUACAACAACCAUGUGAUCAAAGGUCGACUGCUUGAACUUUACAACAACCAUGUGAUCAAAGGUCGACUGCUUGAACUUUACAACAACCAUGUGAUCAAAGGUCGACUGCUUGAACUUUACAACAACCAUGUGAUCAAAGGUCGACUCCUUGAACUUUACAACAACCAUGUGAUCAAAGGUCGACUGCUUGAACUUUACAACAACCAUGUGAUCAAAGGUCGACUGCUUGAACUUUACAACAACCAUGUGAUCAAAGGUCGACUCCUUGAACUUUACAACAACCAUGUGAUCAAAGGUCAUGAAGUUUCAACUGCAGUUGCUCCUCACCAGCUGCAACUUGCCGCCAUCGCCUGCAUUGUGGGAGUCACUAUUUGUCAACCAAUCAUGACAAUAUUUUUGUUUGACCCAUGCAAACAGGACCAUAGAUGUGACUAAACAGGAAGCAACUUUGCUACGAUUCAUAUGUACAGUGCAUUUGGAAAGUAUUCAGACCCCUUGACUUUUCCCACAUUUUGCUACGUUACAGCCUUAUUCUAAAAUAGAUUUUUUUCACCUCAUAAAUCUACACACAAUACCCCAUUUUGACAAAGCAAAAACUGGGUUUUAGAAAUGUUUGCAAAUGUAUAAAAAAUAUAUAUAUAUAUAUAUAAUUUAUAUAGGUAUUCAGACUUUUUACUCAGUACUUUGAUGAAGCACCUUUGGCAGCGAUUACAGCCUUGAGUCUUCUUGGGUAUGACGCUACAACCGUUGGACAGCUGUAUUUGGGGAGUUUCUCCCAUUCUUCGCUGAAGAUCCUAUUCGAGAUCUGUCAGGUUGGAUGAGGAGUGUCGCUGCACAGCUAUUUUCAGGUCUCAGAGAUGAUCGAUCGGGUUCAAGUCCGGGCUCUGUCUAGGUCACUCAAGGACAUUCAGAGACUUGUCCCGAAGCCAUUCCUGUAUUGUAUUGGCUGUGUGCUUCAUGUCGCUGUUCUGUUGGAAGGUGAACCUUGUCCCCAGACUGAGGUGCUGAGCGCUCUGGAGUAGGUUUUCAUCAAGGAUCUUUCUGUACUUGGCUCCGUUCAUCUUUCCCUCGACCCUGACUGGUCUCCCAGUCCCUGCCUCUGAAAAACAUCCCCCAGAGCAUGAUGCUGCCACCACCAUGCUUUACGGUAGGGAUGGUACCAGGUUUCCUCAAGACGUGACACUUGGCAUUCAGGCCAAAGAGUUCAAUCUUGGUUUCAUCAGACCAGAGAAUCUUGUUUCCCAUGGUCUGAGAGUCUUUGGGUGCCUUUUGGCAAAUUCCAAGUGGUCUGUCAUGUGCCUUUUACUGAGGAGUGGCUUCCAUCUGGUCACUCUACCAUAAAGGCCUGUUUGGUGGAGUGCUGCAGAGAUGGUUAACCUUCUGGAAGGUUCUCCCAUCUCCACAGAGGAACUCUGGAGCUCUGUCAGAGUGACCAUCGGGUUCUUGGUCACCUCCCUGACCAUGGCCCUUCUCCCGCGAUUGCUCAGUUUGACUGGGCGGCCAACUCUAGGAAGAGUCUUGGUGAUUCCAAACUUCUUCCAUUUGAUAAUUAUGGAAGCUACUGUGUUAUUGGGGACCUUCAAUGCUGCAGAAUUCUUUUGGCACCCUUCCCCAGAUCUGUGUCUCAAUACAAUCCUGUCUCAGAGCUCUACGGACAAUUCCUUCGACCACAUGGCUUGGUUUUUGCUCUGAUAUGCACUGUCAACUGUGGAACCUUAUAUAGACAGGUGUGUGUCUCUCCAAAUCAUGUCCAAUCAAUUGAAUUUACCACAGGUGGACACCAAUCAAGUUGUAGAAACAUCUCAAGGAUGAUCAAUGGAAACAGGAUGCACCUGAACUCAAUUUCGAGUCUCAUUGCAAAGGGUCAGAAUUUUUUUUCCCCACCUUUAUUUAACCAACAAGUUCUCAUUUACAACUGCGACCUGGCCAAGAUAUAGCAAAGUGGUGUGACAUAAACAACAACACAGAGUUAAACAUAAACAACAACACAGAGUUACACAUAAACAAACAACACAGUUACACAUAAACAAACAGAGUCGAUAACACAAUAGAAAAAUCAAUGUACAGUGUGUGCAAAUGUAGAAGAAUAGUGAGGUAAGGCAAUAAAUAUGAUGUAGAGGCAAAAAUAAUUACAAUUUAGCAUCAACACUGGAGUGAUUGAUGUGCAGAUGAUGAUGUGGAGGUGGGGAUACAGGUGUGCGAAAGAGCAAGAGGAUAAAUAACAAUAUGGGGAUGAGGUAGUCGGGUGUGCUAUUUACAGAUGGGCUGUGUACAGGUACAGUGAUCGGUAAGCUGCUCUGACAGCUGAUGCUUAAAGUUAGUGAGGGAGAUAUAAGACUCCAGCUUCAGUCAUUUUUGCACUUCUUCCAGUCAUUGGCAGCAGAGAACUGGAAGGAAAGGCAGCCAAAGUAAGUGUUGGCUUUGGGGAUGACCAGUGAGAUAUACCUGCUGGGGCGCAUGCUAUGGUUGGGUGUUGCUAUGGUGACCAGUGAGCUGAGAUAAGGCGGGGCUUUACCUCACAAAGACGUAUAGAUGACUUAUGGAAAUAAGGUAUUUCUGUUUUUGCAAAAACUUCUGAAAACCUGUUUUUGCUUUGUCAUUGUGGGGUAUUGGGUGUAGAUUAAUUAGAAUUGUUUUUAAAAAUCUGUUUUAUAAUAAGUCUGUAAUGUAACAAAAUGUGGAAAAAGUCAAGGGGUCUGAAUACUUUCCGAAUGCACUGUAUACAGUAGAUAUGUACAAAUGAAUGUGCUAUUUGAGGCUCUCUCAAUAAUUGAUAUUACAUGCAUAUAUUUACAUUUUGUGAGUGUGUGAUAUGGGGGUUGGAGACGUGUUUAUUUUGAUAUUACAAAGAACAACUUUUAUAAAUGAUGGCAACACUGCCAUGUUGUGCUGAGCCUUGCUGUUGGAAAGCCACAUCAGUGUCCGGCUUUCAGCUGUAGCAGAUGCACCUCCCCCGACUUCACUUCUUGACUUUUGUCUGCAGUCGGUUGCUUCAGCCUUUACCACUCACUCUCCGUCUCACACUUUUGCACGUUUCCAGCACGCUUUGGUUCAGCUUUGUAAGGGCAAUAGUCAGCAGCAGCUGUUGUUGAUGUGGCGCCAGUGAGAUGCUUUGAUUGGAUGUCUAUGUGUUUUGCUCAUUCAUGCUGUGCUAUUGUAUGUCUCUGAGUCUGUCUGGUGUUUCAUUAUGUAUGGAAAUAUACACACAGACUUGCACAAUAUCUAUUUGAAAUGUGUUUAAUAUUUGUCAUGGUAAAAAGUGUCUUUGUAUAGCUUGAAUCUUACAUGUAUUAAUGUGUGUGUUGUAUAUUUAUUUUAUGUGUCUUUAUUUGCACUAGCUCUUCUUUUGCAAUGCAGUUGCACAGGGCUUGAUGACAUUUAGUAUCAUAUGAAUGCUUCAUAUAGUUUUUAUUAAAAAAGACAAUCUUUGAAGCCAAACAGAAUUUUUGAUAUCUAUACAAAUCUAAUGAACACACACACAGUAUUGUGAAUCAAUUUCAGAGAGAAUAUGAUUAUUAAAAGAUGAAAUUCAAACCA